AUGGGUUUGUAUAAACGUACUUUUGGUUUGGGUUUAGGUUUGAAACCUCGCUUCACCAACAGCAUCAGGCACGUUUCUCAGGCAGUAGAUUCCACCGUUAAGCGCGCAUUCCUCGUCGAUACACUUGCACUGGUACGCAAUUUGGAAUCCAACGGCCUUCCUUCCAAACAAGCAGAAGCCAUUACUUUUGCAAUCACUGAAGUUCUUAAUGAUAGCUUGGAAAAUGUUGCUCAAUCUUUUGUUACAAAAUCAGAUAUGCUAAAGUCAGAAAUGACCCAAGAAACAAAUCUCUCAAAGUUCAAAUCCGAAGUGCAAAGUUCUCAGGAGCAUCAUUUUUCUUUGUUGCAACGCGAGACUGAAAAACUUCGUAACGACAUAGAUAAGAUGAGAAGUGAAUUGAGGUAUGAGAUUGACAAAGUAACUGCCGGACAACGAUUGGACUUGAAUCUUGAAAGAGGACGCAUUCGAGAUGAGCUUGCUAAUCAAAAUGCUGAAACAACCAAUUUGACAAACAAACUUGAUCGAGAAAUCCAUGCAUUGAGAGCCCAAUUAGAAGCUGCAAAAUAUGAUGUGAUCAAAUACUGCAUAGGUACCCUUGUCUCUAUAUCUGCAGUGGGUCUGGCUGUCAUCCGGGUCAUAUUGUAG